GGUGAGCCGGCCGGCAUUUUCUUUUCACCCGAUCCCAGAAGCAGUUCUCAUUGCUUACCAGACUUAUUGGCCGAUUAACGAGAUUUUCGCAUAAUCUACAUUUUUCACAACAAUCUGCUAAACAAUGCCUGGAUUUUCAGACAGAGACCGGGGCAGAGAUAGAGGGUAUGGUGGUGGCCCUUCUCGUUUUGGUGGUGGAGGAGGAGGCAACAGGGGAGGACCUCCUCCAGGAAAGUUUGGAAAUCCUGGAGAAAGACUGAGGAAGAGACAUUGGAACCUUGAUGAACUUCCAAAGUUUCAGAAGAACUUCUACCAGGAACACCCAGAUGCCACACACAGACCUCUUCAAGAGGUUGAACAGUAUCGUAGAAGCAAAGAAGUUACGGUCAAAGGCAGAGAUUGCCCUAAACCUAUUGUUAAAUUCCAUGAAGCUGCAUUUCCAAACUACGUCAUGGAUGUUAUUGUUAAGCAGAACUUUACUGAUCCAACUCCAAUCCAGUCCCAGGGGUGGCCAGUUGCUCUGAGCGGCAAGGACAUGGUUGGCAUCGCUCAAACUGGCUCUGGGAAAACCAUCGCUUACCUUCUGCCAGCAAUCGUUCACAUCCAACAUCAGCCAUUUCUGGAGCAUGGAGAUGGGCCUAUUUGCUUGGUGCUGGCACCGACCCGUGAGCUGGCUCAGCAGGUGCAACAAGUGGCUGCUGAGUAUGGCCGGGCUUCUCGUCUCAAGACUACCUGCAUCUAUGGUGGUGCACCAAAAGGACCACAAAUAAGGGACCUCGAGAGGGGAGUGGAGAUUUGCAUUGCUACCCCAGGCCGCCUCAUUGAUUUCCUGGAGUGUGGUAAAACUAAUUUGCGACGUUGCACCUACCUUGUGCUGGAUGAAGCAGACCGCAUGCUGGACAUGGGCUUUGAACCUCAGAUCCGCAAAAUAGUCGAACAAAUUCGGCCUGAUCGUCAGACCUUGAUGUGGAGCGCCACCUGGCCUAAAGAGGUUCGUCAGCUGGCUGAGGACUUCCUGAAGGACUACGUCCAGAUCAACGUUGGUGCAUUGCAGCUCAGUGCCAAUCAUAACAUCCUGCAGAUAGUUGAUGUCUGCAAUGACCUGGAGAAGGAGGACAAGCUGAUCCGUUUGCUGGAGGAGAUAAUGAGUGAAAAGGAGAACAAGACCAUUAUCUUUGUGGAGACCAAAAGACGUUGUGAUGAACUCACCAGGAGAAUGAGAAGAGAUGGGUGGCCAGCAAUGGGAAUCCAUGGAGACAAGAGCCAGCAAGAGAGGGACUGGGUUCUUAAUGAGUUCAGAUUCGGCAAAGCUCCAAUUCUUAUUGCUACAGACGUGGCCUCCCGUGGUUUAGAUGUGGAGGAUGUGAAAUUUGUCAUCAAUUAUGACUACCCUAACUCCUCCGAGGACUAUAUCCACCGUAUUGGCCGCACAGCCCGCAGUCAAAAAACGGGCACAGCCUACACCUUCUUCACCCCCAACAACAUGAAACAAGCCAGUGACCUGAUCUCUGUGCUGCGUGAGGCUAACCAGGCCAUCAAUCCCAAGCUGAUCCAGAUGGCAGAGGACAGAGGAGGUCGUGGAAGGGGGGGAAGAGGUGGUUACAGGGAUGAUCGUCGCGAUAGGUAUUCAGGGGGCGGCAGAAGUAAUUUCGGUGGUGGCAGCUACAGGGACAGGGGCAGUGACAGGGGGUUCGGCAAUGGGCCCAAGACUGCCUUUGGGGGAAGCAAAGCCCAAAACGGUGGGAAUUAUGGAGGCAGCAAUAGCAAUCCUAGUGGUAACUAUGGCAACAGCAAUUACAACAAUAGUAAUGGACAGGGUAAUUUUAGUGCUCCACCAAACCAAGGUGGCUUCGGUAACCAGAACUUCCAAGGCCCCCCUCAGUUUGGCGGCAUGCAAAGGGCCACUCAGAAUGGUGUGAACCACCAGCCGUUCCCCUUCAACUCUCAGCCACCACCACAGAACCAACAGCCGCCACCCCCACCACCGAUGGUGCCCUACCCCAUGCCGCCACCGUUCUCUCAGUAAAUAUUGUAUAUUCACAUUAUAAAACAACAUGACUUCUGCCCAGUCUUGAAAUCUUACCGUACGAUUCUCAUAUUAUUCUUUGUAUGCUUUAACGUUGUUUUGCUUACAGCAUGGUUGGAAUUAUUCAGUAAACCCAGAAGAGUAGAUGGGAUCCUAGUCUCCCAUUGUGUAAACAUGAUUGCUGCACUUUCCUGGACUGUAUUUUUUUUUUUUUUGUUACAUUCCUCAGUAAUUUAUUUUUACUAGGUAAUCCUGUGUUUUCACUUUCAGUUUAAAGUGAUGUUAUGAAAGUCAUAUCAAAGGGUGCCUGUGGCCCCUUUUAAAUAAAAAUGAAAAACUCCA